AUGUCAGAAGAAGCUAGUGUUGUCAUCAGACCUAUUCAAGAAACGGACAAAGAUGAUUGGCUUCUUCUUUGGAAACAAUAUCAAAAAUGCUACAAUAGAACGAUGAAGGAAGACAUACCACUCCUCACUUUCGAGAGAUUUUUGGAUCCAGAAGUGAAGAUGUGGGCUGCUUUCGCUAUAAAUACCACUACCAAUAAACCAAUUGGCAUGGUAACCUAUUUGCACCACUUCACGACAUGGAAUUUGGACGGGAAAAUCUUUCUUCAUGAUCUUUUCGUCCAAGAGGAUCAACGAGUUAAGGGUGUAGGUAGGAAAUUAAUGGAAUUCGUCUACGAUGCAUCUGACCGUAUGGACGUACCUUUCGUGUAUUGGACUACAGAUGAUUUUAACCAUAGGGCACAAUUACUAUAUACUAAGGUUGGUAAAAAGACGUCUAAAGUUCUUUACGAAAGAGGCGGAUAUGGAAUCUUUUCUUGA